CCAGAUCCCAGAUGGUCCUGCCCCAACACGACCCGGCCGACAUGUUGAGCCCCCCGCUCUCCCCCCAACCCCAUGUCUCCCACCACCGUGCAGACGUGGCAGUCCUGGGGUUACCCUAACAACAGCACGGAGGGCACAACCCUGCCCACAUCUCCCCCUGUGCAGAGUGCAGAGCUGGAUGCGGCUGGGCUACAGAGGGUGCUGAACGAAGUCUUCCUCUGCGAUGAGAGGCCGUCGGAGGGGUUCAGCCUCGACCACUGCCGUGCGAUGGCGCUCCUCAUCAACUUCAACAGUUUAGGAAGACUCAACAAACAGGAUUUCAGACGCUUCUGGGAAAAGAUUGAGGCUCUAAAGGAUCUCUUCCACGAGAGGGACGUGGAGGGCUCGGGACUGUUGGAUCUGACCGGACUGUUUGACUGCUUGUACGACAUGGGUUACCCAGCCAGCAGGUCGGCUCAGAAGCUGAUAGCCCUGAGGUACGCUGACCCGUUGGGCAGGAUGAGCCUGGUGAGUUUCAUCCACUGCUGCCUCCGCCUGGAGUUCACCACCAAGAUGUUUAACAGGUUAAGCGGAGCCGGCCAGGACUCAGUCUGGGUGCAGAGGAGUGGAUGCUCUACACCACCUACUUUUAAUGGACUGGAUCAGCUGGGUCACUGCCCGCACCUCUGGACAGGAGACGAUAUCCCGGCCGGAAGCGUUCCCACUCCAAAGGGCUUGGAUCCCAGUGGGACCAAGGUGGACUGAGCCGGGAACCGCUGGAUGUAUGGGAGCCACCCUUCCCUCUGGCCACCGAGGGUCCCAGCCAGACGUUGACCAGCCCUGCCCCCGGCCCACGCUGCCUCUGAGCCCUGGAAUGCCCCGCGCCCCCCUCGGAUUCUGCCACUCACCAGCAACAAGUUACAGCAGCCACUUAACCCGCCGAACCCAGGAGGAAACCGGAGCGCCCGGGGAAACACACGUGGUCACAGGGAGAACGUGGAGACUCCUCACAGACGGCACCCGAGGGCGGGAUAGAACCAGAUGUGGGGGGAGGGGAGCGGAGGGGUCGCCCCAUCGGGAUCCACCCUCCCCGAAUGUUUCCCAUAAUUGCCUCCCUUACUCAUCCAGCACUGGGAGCCUUUGUGUCCCUGCUUGUCACCCUCCAGCAGCUGUCUCCCUCUUCCCCCUCCACCCUCCCCCCCCCUCCUGACUCCACCUUGCUCAUCAUCUGCCCCCCUCCUCCCCCCACUCCACCUACCACCCAAUGGCCUCUGUCUCCCCCUCCCCUCUUUAUACCGGACACCUCCCCUCUCCACUCCCAGCCCCAAAGCAGGUCUCGAGCCAAAACGUCGACAGUUCCUUUCCCUCCCCCACGGACGCUGCUCGACCCUCCAGCAGAUAGUUUGUUGCUCGAGAUUCCAGCACCCGCAGUCUCCGUGUGUCCCGCCGCGCCACCGGGGACCUGUGCUCCGGGUGCCAGGCCCACCUUUGCGUUGACAUUUUGACUUUGACUGAGACACCAGCCCCACCGCCCUGCUCAGCCAACGGUCUAAAACUGGGGCGACGCAUACAAGGCUUCCUCACAACGGCAGCGUGAAACACAGAGAUUCCCCGGGCAGCAUCAAUGGAAGCAGCAAAGCCAGUCGAGUGAAAGUGUAUCUGAAGCGGAGUUGUCCUGGCAACGGGCAAUGGCUUGGUAAUGCUCUCUGAGCUGGAGGCUGAAGCCUGUCUGAGAUCCCCAGGUUGUGUUCGGAGUGUGCUGAGGGGAAGGCCAGUGUGUGACGCACUGUACCCCCAGUGCUGAGGGGAAGGCCAGUGUGUGACACACUGUACCCCAGUGCUGGGGGGGCCAGUGUGUGACACACUGUACCCCAGUGCUGGGGGGAAGGCCAGUGUGUGACACACUGUACCCCCAGUGCUGAGGGGAAGGCCAGUGUGUGACACACUGUACCCCAGUGCUGGGGGGAAGGCCAGUGUGUGACACACUGUACCCCCAGUGCUGAGGGGAAGGCCAGUGUGACACACUGUACCCCCAGUGCCGGGGGGGAAAGGACAGUGUGUGACGCACUGUACCCCCAGUGCUGAGGGGAAAGGACAGUGUGUGACAGACUGUACCCCCAGUGCCGGGGGAAAGGACAGUGUGUGACACACUGUACCCCAGUGCCGGGGGGAGAGGACAGUGUGUCACACACUGUACCCCAGUGCUGGGGGGAAAGGACAGUGUGUGACACACUGUACCCCCAGUGCCGGGGGAAAGGACAGUGUGUCACACACUGUACCCUCAGUGCCGGGGGGAAAGGACAGUGUGUGACAGACUGUACCCCCAGUGCCGGGGGGAAAGGACAGUGUGUGACACACUGUACCCCAGUGCCGGGGGGAAGGACAGUGUGUGACACACUGUACCCCCAGUGCCGGGGGAAAAGGACAGUGUGUGACACUCUAUACCCCAGUGCUGGUGGGGAAGGGGGGAGGACAGUGUGUGACACACUGUACCCCAGUGCCGGGGGGAAAGGACAGUGUGUGACACACUGUACCCCCAGUGCUGAGGGGAAAGGACAGUGUGUAACGCACUGUACCCCCAGUGCUGAGGGGAAAGGACAGUGUGUGACACACUGUACCCCAGUGCUGGGGGGAAAGGACAGUGUGUGACACACUGUACCCCCAGUGCUGAGGGGAAAGGACAGUGUGUGACACACUGUACCCCAGUGCUGGGGGGAAAGGACAGUGUGUGACACACUGUACCCCCAGUGCCGGGGGGAAAGGACAGUGUGUGACACACUGUACCCUCAGUGCCGGGGGGAAAGGACAGUGUGUGACACACUGUACCCCCAGUGCCGGGGGGAAAGGACAGUGUGUGACACACUGUACCCCAGUGCCGGGGGGAAAGGACAGUGUGUGACACACUGUACCCCCAGUGCUGAGGGGAAAGGACAGUGUGUGACGCACUGUACCCCCAGUGCUGAGGGGAAAGGACAGUGUGUGACACACUGUACCCCCAGUGCCGGGGGAAAAGGACAGUGUGUGACACUCUAUACCCCAGUGCUGGUGGGGGGAGGGGGGAGGACAGUGUGUGACACACUGUACCCCAGUGCUGGGGGGAAAGGACAGUGUGUGACACACUGUACCCCCAGUGCUGAGGGGAAAGGACGGUGUGUAACGCACUGUACCCCCAGUGCUGAGGGGAAAGGACAGUGUGUGACGCACUGUACCCCAGUGCCGGGGGGGAAGGACAAUGUGUGACACACUGUACCCCCAGUGCUGAGGGGAAGGCCAGUGUGUGACACACUGUACCCCAGUGCCGGGGGAAAGGACAGUGUGUGACACACUGUACCCCAGUGCCGGGGGGGAAGGACAGUGUGUGACACACUGUACCCCAGUGCUGAGGGGAAAGGACAGUGUGUGACACACUGUACCCCAGUGCCGGGGGGAAAGGACAGUGUGUGACACACUGUACCCCAGUCCCAAGUUAAACUCCUUGUUCACCUGACACCAUAAAAGAAUGAAUUUUCGUUUUACCUGCUUUGCUGAUUCACUGUUUUACUUUGAAAUCUUUUGUAUUUUGUCUCUUUUCAAUAAGAAAAAUUUGAUUAAAAUGUGGCCACGGAGUAUGCGAAUUGUGCCGUUCCAUGAAUCCUGCUUCUUGUUUUGAAAUUAAAGCAGAAAGUGCCUGAAACACUCAGAGUCAGAAA